GGAGUGAACCACAUUGUGCUAAAGAUUUUGUAUUUCCUCACUCACUGCCUUACGGCUAUCAACAGUAUUUUCAGCGCUCAUUUUUACCGAACUUUCCGUGUGCUAACUAGUAGGUAGUAGGUCAAGCUGUGCAUAUCCAAGUGUGAACUGAGGAAUUUGCUCGCAGAUCUGUCAAAGACAGUGUGCUAUAGCGGGUUGCAGCCUCAUUAAGUUUUAUAACAACACAAUACUAUCAUCACCUCUCCUUUCAGCAGAAUGUGUGACGACGACAUUGCAGCUCUUGUCGUGGACAAUGGCUCCGGAAUGUGCAAGGCCGGUUUCGCCGGUGAUGACGCACCCCGAGCUGUGUUUCCGUCGAUUGUCGGCCGUCCCAGGGGGCAAGGCGUAAUGGUAGGCAUGGGCCAGAAAGAUAGUUACAUCGGAGACGAGGCGCAGUCGAGACGGGGAAUACUGACUCUCAAGUAUCCUAUCGACCAUGGUAUCGUCACUAACUGGGAUGACAUGGAAAAGAUCUGGCACCAUACGUUCUACAAUGAGUUGCGUGUUGCGCCCGAAGAGCACCCAGUAUUGCUCACCGAGGCUCCUCUGAACCCCAAGGCCAACAGGGAGAAGAUGACACAGAUCAUGUUCGAGACAUUCAACGUGCCCGCUAUGUACGUAUCCAUCCAAGCCGUACUUUCUCUGUAUUCAUCUGGUCGUACAACGGGGAUAGUCCUGGACUCUGGUGACGGAGUCUCCCAUACUGUACCUAUUUACGAAGGCUACGCGCUACCCCAUGCGAUCUCGAGGAUCGACUUAGCUGGGCGAGACCUAACCGAUUACCUGAUGCGAAUCUUGACCGAGCGUGGCUACUCAUUCACGACAACUGCUGAACGAGAAAUCGUCCGUGAUAUCAAGGAAAAGCUAGCAUACGUUGCUCUCGACUUCGAACAGGAGAUGACCACAGCGUCACGCAGCUCUACACUGGAGAAGAGCUAUGAGCUACCAGAUGGACAGGUCAUUAGUAUUGGAAAUGAACGUUUCCGCUGUCCUGAGGCUCUUUUCCAACCAUCUUUUCUGGGCAUGGAGCAGGCUGGCAUACACGAAACGACGUACAAUAGUAUCAUGAAGUGUGACGUGGACAUCCGCAAAGAUCUCUACUCCAGUAUCGUUCUGUCUGGUGGAACCACCAUGUACCCAGGUAUCACUGACCGAAUGCAGAAAGAGAUCUCUGCCCUCGCACCCAGCUCAAUGAAGGUAAAGAUCAUCGCUCCACCUGAAAGGAAGUACGCUGUGUGGAUCGGUGGCUCUAUUCUAGCUUCGCUGUCCACCUUCCAGCAGAUGUGGAUCUCCAAGCAAGAAUACGAUGAAUCUGGUCCGAGUAUUGUCCACCGAAAGUGCUUCUAGGUGCAGUUAGAGAUGCGAUAAAAGACACACUCAACAGCAGGAAAGGAGUAUUCCGCAUUUAUUCAAUACCAUCAUUGUGUGCAUUAUAGAACCCUUUUACUACACAACGAACACAAUACCUCCAUACAGCCAGACGAAAAUGCUAACUCAAUCUUCGCAGUCAUGUAGCGAUUACAGUGAAUGUUUUGCUACUUAUGCUACUAAAUCCAUGUUCCAUUGAACGCGCAAACCAAUGCUGAUUUUGUUGUUUCUGCUGCAGUUGGUGUAGCAGGAAGUUAAUUAAACUUUGUUUUCGAUCCCGCAAUUUUAGAUCUACAUAAUAUGUAUGCAGUGCCUACACAGCAAACUUGUGACGCUCCUGGAAGAUAUUCGUUAUUUCUGUGCUAAUUUUUCCAAGAAUACUUUCUCUGGGAACACGAUGGGCGCUUACGAUUACACGCAUUUCGGUCAAUUCUAGAAUUAGUUAUUGUUGAUGCACAGUUCGAUUACACAAAAAGUGACAAAUUCCGUCGUUAGAAUUGAUUUUAUCCAAUUCUGUCGAA